AUGACUGGAAACGAUAUCAAAGGGAAGUUCCAACGAAGGUCAGCAAGCCAGAAGGAACGUGCGGAUGAAGUGACUCAGUUUGUGGGAAAGUUGGCCAACCAGAAGGAGGAGUUGGACAGAAUGGUUGCCCAGGGUCUCUUAGACAUCAAAUCAGAGAACAUCUACGCCAACGUGACCAGUCUCGACGAUAUUGGGCCCCUGGGUUCCUUUGAGGAGUGGACGAUGAAACUAAAUAACCAGUCUUCCGCCGCCCCAGAGGGUACCACUGCGCUAGUUCAUAUAACCGUUCCACCAGCCAGGAAGGCGCGGGCCGCCUCGGUCCUCCUCCAAGAGGCUAUUACCGAAUUGAAAGGACUACCCAAGUACACCGACUCCAUUUUGAAGAAUGAAGAGUUGGAAAUCACGCAACGUUACGAGAUGCUGGUAGCAGCAGAUGAUUGGUACGGCAGCAUGCUAAUCCAGGCGGCUGAGCUUUAUCUGGAGCCAGCGGAGAGAACAAUCAGUUCCUUCAUCGACGCAUACAAAGAGCAAGGAAAGGACCUUGAUCAAGAACUCCUGCAGGAAUUCGACAACCAAAGUCCCGAGCAGAAGAUACAGAUGAUGUUGGAUCACCGGGUCGCUACUUUCGCAACCACUGCCGAUAAUCGCGAGAUAUCAACCUUUCGCAAAAAUGUCCUCAUGCUGCUCAUGUUUACACAAAGCAGAUGGAAGUCAGAAAUGGAAGACUGCCUUAAGGAGCUUCGUGGUGUUCUCCCUUUAACUGAGACGAUCUAG